UAGUGGGUAGCACAAAGCCCCAUAUUUAGAAGACACGUAGCAGUCAGCUAAUAUCACGUCAAUGAGGAAAAAUAACCAAGAUCGACGUUCUUGUCUAAUUAGAUCCAGCUCAGGAACACCUAAGCUUUACAAGCCGCAAUUAACUACGCACGAAAGGUACUUUCUCAUGGUUUGGCGUCACCGAGAACAAACGAGCGAACAUAAAACAUCAAAACAUUUACGUCAUAUGUUAGAAAGCGUUUCCAGUUAUUUAUCAUGCCAAUUAAAUCCUCAUACUAUAAGAGUUAUUGAUGGACGUGAUUGAGCUUUUAUUCUUCAGAAUUUAUGCAAUUUUAUCAUCACACUGUUUUUACUAUUCAUUUUUAAUUUUUUUAGAAAGGUCUUUUGUAUUUUCGACUGGAUGGAUCAUGGUCACGUUUAAUAAAUGGAAAGUUUAUGUAGUCAUGCUACUUUUACCUUGUUUGGUAUCAAUUAUACGCUCAGUAAUGUCCAGUACAGAGUUACAGAAAAUUAGUGGAACCGCUUUUGGGGCGGGUCUGUAUAAUUUGCAAGACAAGUGCAUACGUCGUAACCCGAAUGAACAUGAAUGUUUGAGAAUGAUCUUGUUUUCGUUAAUAUCUGGAGCUUUGUAUGGUGCAGGGUUGUAUAGCGAUGCACAUGAAGCAAGUACUGUUCAAGAAAUUUGAGUAAUCAGACUUCGAUUUCUUUGGGUGACAAAGAACUAUCUCACCGCAUUUGCUUAAAUUACCUUUCGUGUAUUCAAAAAAGCGAUCUGUUUUUCGAAGCGCCGACAGAGAAAGUGUAUGCCGAACCCGGCAGUAUAUAAUUUAUCAAUUACAGUUCAGAGUAUAUGAUGGUAUCUGGUUACCUGGUUGAGAACGAGGGUCAAUCAGCAUCUUAAACAAAAGACAUCAGUGUUCUCCACAUUUUCGAUACUGACAAAAAGUUUGUUCAUGUUAUUUCCAUGGAGGAAUCUUCAUCCGAUUCGAGUAAAAAAGAUGACACAUAAUGAUAUAUGCACCUCUUUUAUAGUGUUAAUAGCUAGCAAUUUAACGAGGCAGGCUAAUAAAGAAAUAUGUACAUUUUUUUUAUCUCAUCAUCAUCCUGUCUUUUUUUGGAAAUAAAUCUUGGCAGAUUGUCUUUAUUAAAACAUUACAUUUAAACCGAUACCAUCAAACACCGAUAAACUAAACUAAAUAUGGAUAUAAUGCCCUUACUAUUGGCACUGUUUCAAUUAGCAUCUAUAUUAAUAGCGAGUGGGGUCAGCUUAUCAGUGCAACGCAAGCCAACAAAUGAAUGGGGCGUGAGAACUGUGCGGUUGCUGCUUUUCGUAAUCCAUUUUCAAAUUCUGUAUCAGAGUUAUUUAUAUGAUCUAGCAAAAAAGUAUGUGGGUUCCAAGACAACAGCGCCGAGAACAAAUGACAUUGGAGAUUGUACUGUAGAGUCGUUUUUAAAGGGGAAAUUAUCCAACUUUUUGGCCACAUUGGGGUUAUCUAGUAUAUGUGAUAACACUAUAUUCUAUGAUGUUACGAAAAAUUCUGGAGUAAAAAUACACAUAUUAAACGAAGGGACCUGUAGUAAUGAGGCUACAAAUGAAACAAUCUUCGAUGGAGUGCAGGAUACUUUGUCCUGGUUAAUAGAUGCGAAGUGCCAAAGGUGUUGCGCGACUUUGGCACAUGAUGGGGGAUGGAAAGCUACUAUAAAGAUGUCAGGUGAUGAUAGUCGAAUGAAUCCUAGUAUAAUAAAUUGUAAUAAGAGCGCUAAGUACAAGUGUAAGUGGAACGAAAACAGUCCACGAGUAAGUUGUGUUGCAUGGAACGAAUAUAACAAGCUUUAAAGAUACAUUCCAUAUAAAUGGUUUAUAUAGGUGUAUAAUACUCAAGAAACGCGAUUAUAUGUCACAUUCCUCACUUUAGCUGUCUAGUAGUGUUUCUUGUUUCAUUUGUUUUUAAUAAAAUACAUGUACGAAAAUACAAAUAA